AUGUGUAUCACAAUCACAAGUACAAAGCAUCCAAACUAUCCGUUGAUGUUGUUAUCCAAUCGAGACGAGUUUUACAAACGACCUACAGAGCCUGCACACUUUCGUCCGCUAAGCGAUAGCGAAAAGAUCUUGUCGCCGUUGGAUCUCGCUAGACCGGAGCACGGCACAUGGAUAGGCGUGACUACUAGCGGGAAGAUUGCCCUAUUGGUGAAUUACCGAGAUGUCGACACAGAGCGUAUGUAUCAUUUGUGGGAGGAACAAUGUCCCCGAGGUUUGUGUGGGGUUUUACAAAAAUCUUUCAGUGACUAACUUGGUUACUUUUUAGAAAGCAUGAAGGAGACUUCUAGGGGCGUUUUGCCACUUGAUUAUUUAUGUUCGACGCAGACUGACGAAGAAUGGACACUGAGUCAUAUUUCGGACAUGGCUAUUGGCAUUGGCAAUGGCAAUGGCAAUGGCCACAUUGACUUCUCAAAGAUCGGCGGAUUCACAUUACUUUACGGAAACUUAAAGCUCAAUUCGAGCACGGGCAAAAUCGACAAUUUGAACAUCUUGAGCAACCGAGGCCACUGCGGCAAGGUAUUUUCUCCAGCUUCAGCAGGCGACACGCUCAGCGUAGCCGACGCCAUCGAGUGCAAGGAAACAUUUGGCUUAUCCAACUCGCUAUAUAACGAGCCAUGGAAAAAGGUGUUUUUGGGAGAAGAGUUGGUGAGCAAUCUCAUGAACUCAGCUGACUUGAACACCUUAUCUGAACGCCAGCUCGUUGACAAGUGCUUUCAAAUAUUGAGCAACAACACUUACCUGGAGGCCAUCAGGAAACAACAUGAUUUCGAUAAGAAGUUGUUGGAGUUGAGGAACUCGAUUUUCAUUCCACCAAUUGCACGCGGCGGCCCCAAGAGCAAUUGCGCUUCCAUUGGCGAGUAUUACGGCACACGCACGCAGACGGUGGUUCUACUAGACAAGCAGGGCAAUUUGAAUUACUAUGAACGGAAUUUGCAUAGUUCGGAUACUCCACAGGUGGACAAGCCGGAAAUCGUUUCGCAUUACCUGUUCAACAUCACCGGCGAGUCCCCGGUGUGUGUUUGA